AUGAAAGAAGAAAAUGAGAACGGAAUUAAUUAUUUACAAAAAUGUUCUCAAAACAACUUAAAUAAUUCACCAAAAAAUAUUUCUAAUAAUUCAGUAGUUAAUAGUACAGAAUUAGAACGUUUAAUUCGUUUACGUGCUGAACGUGUUCAAAGAACGCCGAAAUGUGCUCGGUGUCGCAAUCAUGGGGCUGUUUCUGUACUUAAAGGCCAUAAACGAAGCUGUCCGUGGAAGGAUUGUACAUGUGCUAAAUGUACACUUAUUGCUGAACGUCAAAGAGUGAUGGCUGCCCAAGUAGCUUUAAGAAGACAACAAUCACAAGACGAAAAAGAAGCUCAAGAAUUAGGGUUAAUUCUUGGUGUUGAAUCUGCUUCUGAAAUUCUUGAAUUAAUUAGACGUGCAAAGGCAGAAGCAUCUUCAACAACAACAACAAAAGAAUUUGACAAUAAUGUUUUAAUAAAAGAAGGAGAAAAAGAAAAAAUAAAUAAAAAGUUUGGAUUAAAUAAUGAGCCUGAAAUCCAGAAAAAAUAUAACAAUAAUUUAACAAGACUUCAAGUAAAUAAAAGAAAGAAAAAGGCAACUUUAAUAAAUGAAGGAGAAAAUAAUAAAAAGGAAAAGCAACAAAAUUUAACAGAACAACAGACAAUUAAAGAAAGUUCAUCUUCAUCAUCAUCCUCUUCUUCAAAUAAUUUAAAUAAUCAUUCAAUUAUUUUACCUCCUUUUCCUUUUUUUAAUAAUCCAUUUUUUCGUUUUCCUUUCUUUUCUUCAUUUCCUCUAUUUAAUUAUUCCCCAAUUUCUUCAAAUUCUUCUUCUUCUAUUUUAUUUCAAAAUGAAACAGAUCAACAAAAUUUUCAAUUUAGAGAAGGAGAAAGUUCAUCAGAAACAAUACCUGCACAACAAACAGAUUUUUGA